AUGUCGACUGAUCAACAACAAACCUCUUCACAACAAUCUUAUACUCAUUAUCGGCACUUGAAUUAUGGUAUAGGUUCACAUAAUCCCAUCGUGUAUAAUGCCGAUCAAUACUCCCAAACUUCGACAAUGGCUGGAUCAAAUUCAACUCAACAAGUUAUCAAUACGUCUUUAAAUGUGUCAUUGGGAGUUGCCACAUCAUCACCAAUAAAAAAUCCUCAAGAUGGAAAAUCACCAUAUACUUAUGCAACUUUGAUUAAUUAUGCAAUUGCAAAUUCUCCUAAUAAAAAACUCACAUUAAAUGAAAUUUACAAUUGGAUUAUGGAGAAUUAUCCCUACUAUAAGACCGCCGACUUCAGUGCUAAUGAAACUGAACCAUGUCGUAACAAAAGAUCUUCGAGUAUUUGUCGCAGUAUGCUGAGCAUGCCAUACCGACCACCUCGUUAUACUCACACAACUAUGGAACAACAUUACCUUCCAGCACAAGGGCUUGGAGGUAAUGCAAGUAUCCCACAACAAACAAUGUCUUAUACUGGUGCUAGCAUUAGUAAUAUUGCCGCUUAUGAUACUAAUAGCCACAUUCAUGUGGAGGGGCAUAAUGCUACCGCUUUUAGCAGAUAUA